AUGGGUGGCUUUGGAGCUACCAUGGAGACCAUGGGAGCCAUGGGUGGUUUUGGAGCUACCAUGGAGACCAUGGGUGGCUUUGGAGCACCGCCCGGCACCAUGGCCGUCAUGGGAGGCAUGAGUUUUGCUUCUCUCAUGGGAGGCAUGGGUGCACCUCCGGCCGUCAUGGGCGGAAUGUCUUCCGGUGUGCCUCACACACCUUCUCAUGAAUAUGCCGUUGAAGAUCUUGCCAACACCAUCCGAGCUUCACGUGAUGUGGUGCGCGACAAUGAUGAUGAUGAGGAGGAAGAAUCAUCUUCGGAGGAGGAAGAAUCGUCUUCCGAAGAUGAGGACGAAGAUGAGGACGAGGCUUGA